AUGUCAUUUAGACAAAAGGGCAGUUUAAGCAAGCAAGUGCUUCUUCACACAGGACAGAAGCCUCAUGUAUGUGAAGUAUGUAAAAUGACAUUUGGUAAUGAAGGUACUUUAAGCGAGCAUAUGUGUAUUCACACAGAAGAAAAACCUUAUGUUUCUGAAAUAUAUAAAGUGCCAUUUAGUCAUGAAGGUACUUUAAACGAGAAUAUGCGAAUUCACACAGAAGAGAAACCUCAUGUUUCUGAAGUAUAUAAAGUGACAUUUAGUCGUGAAGGUACUGUUGAUGAGCAUAUGCGUAUUCACACAGAAGAAAAACCUUAUGUUUGUGAAGUAUGUAACAAAUCCUUCAGGUGUAAGGCUAGAUUAAAAAUGCAUAUGCCUAUUCAUACAGGAAAGAAAGCUCACAUGUGUGAAGUAUGUAAUAAGUCAUUUCUUCUAAAGUAUACUUUAAAGAAGCAUAUGCUUAUUCACACAUUAGAGAAACUUCAUUUGUGUGAGAUAUGUAACAAGUCAUUUAGACAAAAAGCAGAGAGACCUCAUGUGUGUGAAAUAUGUAGCAAAUCAUUUAAACAUAAAGCUACUUUAAAUCGGCAUAUGCUUAUUCACACAUUGGAAAGACCUCAUGUUUGUGAGAUAUGUAGUAAAUCAUUUAGACAUAAACGUACUUUCAAACGGCAUAUGCUAAUUCACACACAAAAAAAUCCUCAUGCGUGUAAAUUAUGUAAAGAGUCAUUUCGACUAAAAGGUGCUUUAAAGAAGCACCUUCUUAUUCAUACGGGAGAGAACCCUUGUGUGUGUGAAGUAUGUCAUAAGUCCUUUGAUGAAAAGUAUAGUUUAGGCAAGCAUAGGCUUAUUCAUGCAUUAGAGAAACCUCAUAUAUGCGAGUUAUGUAGGAAGUCAUUUAGACAUAAAGAUACUUUAAACCAGCAUAUGCUUACUCACAGAGAACAGUAA